AUGAGUUAAGAAUUGCUCCAUUGUCCAUAAUGUUAAAUGAAUUUUGAUAAAUACACACGAACUCCUCAAAUGUUACCAAAAUGUGGUCAUUCAAUGUGUAUGUAAUGUCUCAAAGAGUCUUGUAAAAUCAUUUGUCCUGAAGAUGGGUACUAAUUCUCAAUUUAUCAGAUUACUCUAACCUUCAGAUCUUUCACUCUAUCCUAUUAAUUAAGCAGUCUUAAGAAUCAUUUGUAAAACAUAGGAUAAUGAUAUUCCAUCUAACCAAGAUAAAUUACAGUAGUGUCCUUAACACCACAAACUGCUUGAACUUAUUUGUGUCGAUGAUAGAUGUAGAAUUUGUGCUAGUUGUGCCUUGUUUGGAAUUCAUAAACUACAUAACAUUUAAAAUGCUGAUGUAAAUAUUUUUAUUCAUCUUACAAGUCUGUCAAUAAAUCAAUCUAAGAAAAUCUUAUACACACUCAAAAUUUAACUCUUACUAUACAAGAUAAAAUCAAAUUCCUCAAAUUACCACUCAUUAAUAAGAAGAUUCAUGAUUAAAUUAGACUUUGUAUAAAAUAAUAAUAAACACUUGCUGAAGAACAAUUCAAAGUAUCUUAUAUCAUUUAUUCUAGGAAAUCAUUAAUUAAAUCCUUGCCAAAUAAUAGAAAGUACUUGAAGAAAUCGAAUCAAAGUACAAACUGUUAGAAGAUCAAUUUUUCAAAAAAGAGACUCUUGCUAUCACUUCCAUUCUUGAUAAAGCUGAUAUGUGGAUACUUGGGUAUCUAUUCAUUUUAAUAUAAUUAGAUCUAAUCAAAAAAUCUAAGAAUAUCAUGAAACAUAAGAAAAAGGAGAUAUUCCAUUUACCUUAUUACUCUCAGAUUCUUCCAUUUAAUAAGGAAAAUAAAUCCUUGAUGAAAUAGAUGAUUAUCUACUCAAAUUCCAAAAUAAUCUUUAAGAUAUUAUCUCUGCUAUACCAACUAUUAACCAAUUUGAAUAAACUUAUUUUCAUGAACCAAACAUACUUAAAGAUUUAUCAAUUAUCGAAUAGAGUUUCUUAAAAGAAAUUGAUGAAAAACCACCUCAUAAUGAAUUCUUAGGAUCAUCUUUGCCAGAGUCUACUUGUUAAUCUUAGCCUUCCUCCAAUAAUAUUUCCUAAAAUGCCAUUAGUCCAUAAUAGCCUCAUUAAAAAAGGGCAUCUUAAUAAUUUGUUUUAGUUUCUCCUAAAGUAUAAAGUAGGUAACAAUCUGCUUCCCCAAAAAAACCAGUAGUUAAAAAAAAAUUAAAUACAAAAGUAGAAUCUAUUCUAUUUAAUUGUAAUGGAGAUUAUUUGGAUUUAUCUUAAUAAGGUAAUUUAUUUUUAUAAAUAUUUCAGAACUUGGAGAUGAUGGAAUUAUGAUACUAGAAGAAUAUAUAAGAAAUAAGAAGGUUAAAAUAAUAAAAUUAAUGAGAAAUCGUAUAAGUGAUGUUGGUGCUAUGAAAUUAAUGGAACUACAUUGUUAAGUGUUAUAUUUAUAAUCAAAUGUUAUUACUGAAAAGUUUUUGGAUAUGAUAAUGAAUGCUAUAUAAAAGUAGAUUCAGAUUCACAUCAAAACUGUAUAUUUGGGAUAGAAUUUAAUCAAUUAGUUUAGAGUAAAAAAGAAAAUUGAGGAUCUCAAAAAAUUAGGAAUUUCAAUUUAAAUAUGA